AAAAUAUUAAUUUCACUCUUUUAAUUUUUUUGAAUCUUCAAUAAUGGAUUUUUGUUACACUGGGAAAUUAUUUAUUCUUCUGGUUGCUUUUGCAGAAUUUUCAAAUGCGGAUAGUGAUUACGAUAUUAUAUUGUUCAAUCAACAGUGGCCAAAAACAACAUGUUUACAAAAUGGAAAGAAAUCAAAUCAAUGUAAUAUUCGAAAUUAUGCUUGGAGUAUACAUGGAAUUUGGCCAACAAAAAAUUUUCCCGGCAAAUAUCCUGAAGAUUGCGAUAAUUAUCAACCGUUUAAUGUGAAAAAUUUAUGGAGUAUAAAAAGAGAGCUUGUAGAUAAAUGGUACAAUAUUUUGCCUGAUAAAGUAGAAAAUUUUUGGAGAUGGGAAUGGAAAAAGCACGGAACAUGUUUAUCGGAUUUGCCAGCAUUGAAUACCCAAUAUAAAUAUUUUCAUCAAGGAUUACAGUGGAGUAAAAAUUACGUAAUUGGAAAUAUUCUCAGCAGUAGCGGUAUAAUAACGGGAAAAAGUUAUUCUUACAAAGAAAUUCAAACAGCUCUUAAAGAUAGUUUGAAUGUUACACCUCAAAUUUAUUGUUACCAAGACAGGUUUAGUAAAAAACAAUUUUUACACGAGGUCAGAAUUUGCAUGGAUAGGAGUUUGCAAUUAAUCGAUUGUUAUGGACACGUGUCGGAGACAAAUUGUAAUCGAAAAUUAAAUGUUGAAUAUCCCAGUCUUUAAAAUAAAUAUGAGGAGGGAUAUAUGAUUCCGAAAACGUCCCCCCUCCGAUUUUAAUAAAACUUGAUGGUAUCCUUAUAUGUAUUUUGAUGCGCUGAUCACGAAAAUGAUAUUGAAAAUUGUCGCAAAUUUUAUUUUCAUGUUAAAAACCAUAAAAGUGAGGUUUUUGCGUUUAACUAGUAAAAAAAUGUAAAAUUUCGAAUAAUGAUUCAAACAAAAUAUAUAGAUUCCAUAUAAAAA